AUGAAUGCAACGUACAGAGCACCUAUGGAUCUUAAGAACGAAAGUCGCCUUAUUUUCGCAGAAAGGCGUAACGAACAAACAACAAUAGAAAAGUUAACUGAUCCUAACAAAAUGAUAGCCACCCAGGGCAAUAUGUUUGUCAGUGAGGCUUUAGGUGGUGUUUUGAAAAUGAAAUACGGAAGUGUGGCGUGUAAUCUUAUGUGGGAUGAUUAUCAGGAACCUCUGUUACCAUUUUACGAAUUUAUUAGAAGACAGCAAUGCACCGAGAUACAUCUAGAGUCAGAUAUGGUAGCCGUUGGCACAAUAGUUAACACUGAGCCAAGACUAUGGGCUCAGGAACAGCGUUAUAAUGUUGUAAGUUAUUCAUCCUAG